GCUUCCGGGUUCUUUCGCCCAUUGAGCAAAAUGGCGCCCUUUACAAUUUCCCUGGUUCUUGUCGGCGAUGCCAUAAAGCAUGACGAGUUUGUUGUCUUGAAGGCGCCUUGAAGUGACGAACGAGUGAGUCAUGCCAGCCGUAAUCAUGGACAAUGGGCUGUGGAUGCCAUCGGCUCUCAGCAGCCCUCCAAAGGACACUAUCACCGCUCACAAACUCUCCUUGCUCGUGCUCGUGUCGGAGUACUGCCGCGUCAAGAUGCGUCGGCACGUCGAGCCGCACGAGGAGCCGUGGACGCACACGAGUCAGCACUGCCGGGACUUCGCCGUCCUCUCUUUGAAGCUCUUGCAGAGUCCCGACAUAACGUUUAGCGAUUUGCUCGCCGCGCUGCGUCCCGUACUGCACCCGAAAACGCUAGACCUUUUCACCAACGAGCUGGCCAUUAUCCGCGACGCCGGCGUCGCAGGGAUCAUGGACUACGCUCCAAAUCUCGACAACUUGCUCGCCGAUCCGGUCGCCGCCACGCCCGCCGUGCUUCACAAGAGCAGCGUCCUGGGACUGUUUGUGCGGCGGAUGCUCCUUGCCCUGGACAAACUGAACUUCAGCGGACUCGUCAAUCUGCACAAGAGCUUCUGUUCGUACUACGACGAAGGCUUGAGGCGACCAGAGAUGGCGGCGUUCGAAGGAGGCGACCUCGGGGCGCGACCGGCGGCGACGCAGCGCCAGGCCGACCUGUUCCUGGCGCAGCAGGUGAUGCUGAUGCAGCUCAAUGAAAAGGCCGCCCUGCCACCGCCGCAGCUGCAGCAACGUAUCAACGAGCUUCUGGCCGGCAGCAAAGACCUCUUCGAAGCCCACUACCUCAGUUUCCUCAACAGCCUCGCCGUUCGCGAGUACAGCGGCGCCGACGACAGCUUGCGGCACUACUUCGACCGCGCCGUGCCAGCGGCGCCCGAGACCAAAGGCACAGCCGAAGACGGUGGCUCGACUCGCAACCUUCGCUACGCGUCGUUCAACCUGGCCACGCUGCACUCGAAGAUGGGCCACCGCGGCGAAGCCCUGAUCGCCCUGCGCGAAGCGGUCACCCUCGCGCAGGACGCCAACGACUCCGCCUUUCUGCAGCACGCGCUGUCCUUCCUCUGCCGACUUCAGGGCAGCCGCUGCGACCCGUCUCAGCUGCGCUGUCUCAUCACGCGCGCCUCCGAGCUGGGCCUGCACAGCGUCGCCUCGUUCGGCAUACAGGCGCUCGCGCGCGUCGAAGGCGAAGCCGGCAUCGCGCCCAGCACCGUUUUCGAGUUGCUGGGCAAGAGCGACCUGCUCAACUGCCAGCACGCAAUGUCCGAGCCGGCUGGCACGGCUCUCGCGGAGCGCGCGGCGCUCUGGGCCUUCUACGGAUUUCAGUCCCUUUCGCAGCUGCAGUCGCAGUGGCUGCUGCACGCCUCCCGGGGAGAUCCACUCAGGGCCGCGGGCGUGCAGCCCCUGGGAGAGGUGGCAGCCCUGGCUCUACGCAAUCUGGCCAUCGCUUUCACAUGGCAGGGUCACUACCAGAACGCCAAGGACGUCCUGAACUUUGCCAAGUCACUGUUCCCGCAGUACUCGGACUCGUACAAAACGCUCAAGUUGUGUCACCUCAUCACCUCCUUUAACGUGGCCCUCUAUCAGGCAUACUGGCCGUUGGUGGAGAAACUCGCAUCGGGCAUUCGAGUCCUGGAUCGCUACGAGGGCAACCUCUGCCGGGCGCGCUCCCUUCUUUGGCAGGGCCACUUCACCGCAGCUUUAGACUUGAUCAACACAUUAUUCAAGGAAUGUUGUGAUGAAGGAAAAGACUUUGUUGGAUGUGUACCCCACUUUAAAGGCCGAUUGUAUCACUUGAAGGCAGAGCUCUUCAUAGAAGCUUCACAGCCCAUGCUUGCCAUUCCUGUUCUCUGCAAAGGCCUUAUGCAUGCUGAGAAGCAUCACUUGGCCUACGUUCGAGCCAUGCUUGUUGUACUGAUGGCAGAAGUUCAGUUCCAGAUUGGCCUCCCAGGACAUGCGAGCACCCUUCUUGAUGAAGUAGUAACAAUAAUCCUGUCUCAUGGCAGCCUUGCAGACAUUGGACAGCUGUGCCUUUUGCGUGCAAAGUGCGCAUUUUCUAGCAAGGGGGUAGAGGCAGCCAGUGAAGCAGUCAAACUUGCGACAAUGGCGCUAGACACUUACAUAAAGGUGCAGCUCAAGAAGGGCAUAAGAGACGCAGCCUACUGGCUCGCUUUGACUUGCAAUGCGGUUGGGCUGGAGGAGCAGCGAAAUGCAGCUGCCCAGCGAUUUCGUCAGGUUGAUGAAGAAAUGGCAGAAAAAUUGCUGUAUGUUGUAUAAAAAUGAUUUUCUGUUUCUGA